GAGGGGCUGCAGUCCCUGCUGAGGGAAGGAGACUGGGGACCCUACGCCUGGCCGUCUCUCGCCCCACCACCUGGGGCCACCGGGGUGCUUCAGGGACAGGAAGCUACAUGCCUUGCUUUACAGGUCCCUUGGAUCAGACUUGUGAAUUCUCUACAGACCUCAGAAACUACAGAAAUGCCCAUUUUCAGCCUCCGCGGGUGUAGAGGACGCGGCUGAGCAGCCAUGGAGUGGAACAACGUCACCCAGCAGGCACCGGGCCUGCCCCCCACCACCUGCGUCUACCGGGAGAACUUCAAGCGCCUGCUGCUGACCCCCGUGUACUCGGCGGUGCUGGUGGCCGGCCUGCCGCUGAACGCCUGCGUCAUCGCCCAGAUCUGUGCAUCCCGCCAGGCGCUCACCCGCACGGCCGUCUACACCCUGAACCUGGCCCUGGCUGACCUGCUGUACACCUGCUCCCUGCCGCUGCUCAUCUACAACUACGCCCGCGGGGACCACUGGCCCUUCGGGGACCUCACCUGCCGCCUGGUGCGCUUCCUCUUCUACGCCAACCUGCACGGCAGCAUCCUCUUCCUCACCUGCAUCAGCUUCCAGCGCUACCUGGGCAUCUGCCACCCCCUGGCCCCCUGGCACAAGCGGGGGGGCCGCCGGGCCGCCUGGGUAGUGUGUGGGGCCGUGUGGCUGGCGGUGACCGCCCAGUGUCUGCCCACGGCCGUCUUCGCCGCCACGGGCAUCCAGCGGAACCGAACCGUCUGCUAUGACCUCAGCCCACCCGUGCUGGCCACCCGUUAUAUGCCUUACGGCAUGGCGCUCACCGUGGUCGGCUUCGUGCUGCCCUUCACUGCCCUGCUGGCCUGCUACUGCCGCCUGGCCCGCCGCCUGUGCCGCCAGGACGGCCCCAUGGGCCCCGUGGCCCAGGAGCGGCGCGGGAAGGCGGCCCGCAUGGCGGUGGUGGUGGCGGCCGUCUUCGCCAUCAGCUUCCUGCCUUUCCACGUCACCAAGACGGCCUACUUGGCCGUGCGCUCCACGCCGGGCGUCUCCUGCCCCGUGCUGGAGGCCUUUGCGGCCGCCUACAAAGGCACGCGGCCCUUCGCCAGCGCCAACAGCGUGCUGGACCCCAUCCUCUUCUACUUCACCCAGAAGAAGUUCCGCCGGCGGCCACAGGAGCUGCUGCAGAGGCUGACGGCCAAGUGGGAGCGACCGGCUCAUUGAGGCCCGAUGCCUGGCACCCGGCAGCCAUCCAUCACGGGUGGGGUCGAUCAGAACCCACCCCCCCCUCGGCCCCUAACCACAUCGAGAGCUGAGCUCAGCUGGGUGCGGUGAGGUUCCCGCAGGGCCCAGAGUCCCAA